AUUGCAAUUAAAAGCUGUUUGUCAACUGCGAUAGACCGUCGCAGGAAGAAAACAGUUGGACUAGUAGAGAUGCUAACGCUAACAGGCAUACGUAGAAUUGACAUCACCAGUUAACCAUGUAGCUCGCUAACAAAGUGUUGAUAAAAGGCAUAGUAGGCUAUAUAGUCUCCGGUUAACGGAUCAUAUACCACAACGGAAAUAAAUAGCAAGGAAAGAUGCAAGCUGGUGACCCUGUGGUUGGUGCAUCCUUGGCAGUAGCUGGUGCUCAGAGUCGCUCAGAGGAUGAAGAGUCACUUGGAGUAAAAGAUUUGAAAAGGACAGCAACACAAGCUUUUGGCAAUGUUCCCAAACGUAGAAGCUCCUCCAGGUCAAUAAAAAGGAAGAAGUUUGAUGAUGAGCUGGUGGAAAGCAGUCUUGUGAAGUCUUCCAGUAGAGUCAAAGGCCCCCCUGUCACAGAGCCUAUUCGCUGUUCAGGGAGUGAACCUUCAUCUAGUGAGAAAAAAAAGGUGACAAAGUCAGGAACCACUCUGACACCACCUAUCGCCAUGGUAAUAAACCCAGCACCUAUCACCAAAAGAGUGAAGAAAAGCAAGCAGCCUCUACAUAUCACUAAAGACCUGGGCCGGUGGAAACCCACAGAUGACCUGUUGCUUAUAAACGCAGUGCUGCAGACCACAGACCUAACCUCUGUUCAUCUGGGGGUCAAGUUCAGCUGUCGUUUCACUUUGCGGGAAAUCAAAGAGAGGUGGUACGCUCUGCUCUACGAUCCUGUCAUCUCAAAGCUGGCAUGGCAGGCCAUGCGACAACUUCACCCAGAAGCCAUUGCAGCCAUCCAAAGCAAAGCUCUCUUCAGUCAGACUGAAGAAGCGCUGCUGGCCAAAAUUGGUUCAACCAGUCAGCCCAAAUUGGACGUGUUCCAGGAGCUACUGAGCAAACACCCCAGUGUCUUUCACCCAUCUCGUACUCCCAAGAGCCUGCUGGUGCAUUGGCAGCUACUAAAGCAGUACUACCUACUGGAUGACCAGAGUGUCCAGCCUCUCCCUAAGGGUGACCAAGUCCUCAACUUCUCUGAUGCUGAGCAGAUGGUUGAUGAUGUAAAGUUAAGGGAGAGCAGAGAUGAAGUUUUGGAACAUGAGCUGAUGAUUUCCGAUCGACACCAGAAGAGGGAGAUCAGGCAGCUAGAACAGGAGUUGCCUCGCUGGCAGGUGCUUGUUGAUAGUAUCACAGGGAUGAACAUGCCCGACUUUGACAACCAGACACUGGCAGCACUACGGGGACGAAUGGUUCGCUACCUCAUGAGGUCGCGAGAGAUUACUUUGGGCAGGGCGACCAAGGACAAACAGAUAGAUGUAGACCUGUCACUGGAGGGGCCUGCCUGGAAAAUAUCAAGAAAACAAGGAAUUAUUAAACUGAAGAAUAAUGGAGAUUUCUUCAUCGCCAAUGAAGGCAGGCGACCGAUCUACAUCGAUGGCAGACCGGUCCUGUCGGGCAACAAGUGGAAACUCAACAACAACUCAGUGGUGGAGAUUGCAGGUCUUCGCUUUGUGUUCCUGAUUAACAUGGAACUCAUCUCACUAAUCAAAGCUGAAGCAGCUAAGAUGAUGCAGCAGUGAACGUCAGCUGUCCAACAGAGGAACUGACAAGUCGCACUGACGGACGAGUGGACCCGUUUGUUUUCUGUGUAGGUCAAAUCACAGCAGCGUUACCACGGAUCAGACUGACAACGGAAACAUCAGGCUACAGCUGAAUCUCAGAGCAAAGUAGUAACAGGUUUUACUUGCUGUUUGUUUGGACAUUUUACAUGUUGUAAUGUAGGCACCCUCAUGGUAGAGCCUUGUUUAUCCAAACUUUCAGAAUAUGAUAUUUAAAUUCUGUAGUAAAGCUUUUUCCAAAUAUUAAACUUGUAUACAUGA